UGCAGUUGCAAGUAUUCGUAAUAUCUGUGUAGAAAGGAGGAAGGAAUCUCUCAAUCUUUCUUAUCUUCUUUGCCCGUCUCUCAUUCCUUUUAUCCGAUCCUUUCUUGUCGGUCUUUUUCUUUUCUCAAGUAUCCCAAACAAGUUUCAACUUACUUGCGCUUCCCACUAUAACUUUUUUUUUUUUUUUAUUCCAUCACUGUUUUUCGCUAAUUUUUUUUUUUUUUGAUGACCCACAUGGUUCCUUCUAUUCAGAUCUUUGCCAAUUGUACAUAAAAAAUUUCUAUAUAUAGAUCGUCCUUCGGUUUCAUCAGGAUUUUACUUUCUCAGAUUUGUAAUCCUGAAUUAUUGAAUUAUCGGACCGAAUACGUGAGCGGAAGCAUCCAGAGAAACGAGGAAUUUUUUUUCCUGUUCUUCUGGUUUUGAUCGGUGAUUAAAAAAGCUUUUUGAUUCUUGAUCUCUAUUUUAAGGAGAUGGUGAUGGGGUCUCUGCAAGGACCAGUUAUUAGUCCCACUGUUCAGGCUAAACGAGCCGGACUUUACACUGUGCCAACGUUGGGUACCUUCGAAAGGGCUAGGCUUCUUAGAAAUGAGUUGUGGGGAUUCAAAGGAAUCGGCGGCAAAAUCACAAAGGCAGGUUUUCCUUCCCGCCAAUUAAAUGUGCGAAAAUGCAAGACAAUUCAAUGCACUUUCAGUUCAUCCUCUAAUGGGAAUGGAAGCAUGGCUGAAAAUUUCAAUGAAAAUGAUGAAGAUUACGUGAACUCCAGCGUACUCGAAGCUGUUGAAGUGAAGAGUGGAAUAGAUGGUUUCAUGAUUAAAAUGAGGGACGGUAGACACUUAAGAUGCGUACAUAACAAUCCUCAGGGUGGGCACCUGCCAGAUUACGCUCCGCAUCCUGCAAUUGUGUUGAAAAUGGAAGAUGGGACCGGUCUUCUUCUCCCAAUAAUUGUUUUGGAGAUGCCAAGUGUGUUGCUUAUGGCAGCAGUGCGCAAUGUUCAAAUUGCUAGGCCUACCCUUUAUCAAGUGGUGAAGGAGAUGAUCGACAAGAUGGGUUAUGAAGUUAAACUUGUUAGAGUUACAAAGAGAGUGCAUGAGGCAUAUUUUGCUCAGUUGUACCUCACCAAGGUGGGUGAUGAGACAGAGUCUGUCAGCUUUGACCUCCGACCUUCAGAUGCAAUCAAUAUUGCAGUAAGAUGCAAGGUUCCAAUACAAGUAAACAAGUACCUGGCAUACAGUGAUGGAAUGAGAGUCAUUGAAUCUGGGAAGCUUACGACACAGACCCUUGCUUCAGAUGGCUUUUUAUUUACUGAACUGGAUCGGCCAAGUGGUAAGCCUUGUGUUGAAGCAAAGGAGUUUGAUCUUGUGCGCAACAUGCUGAUUGCAGCUGUUGAGGAACGCUAUAGAGAUGCUGCUCAGUGGAGGGACAAACUGACUCAACUUAGGGCCAGAAGAAACUUGACCUGAGAGGCACUCCCGAGAUUUAUAUUGUAAAUAGACACCAUUGUUGGAAGUUGGUGAGGCGGGCUUUCAGUAAUCCGUCAUGCCUCUAUCCUCUUCUGCCACUCUAUAUAUAUAUAUAUAUAUAUAUAUAUAUAUCUAUUUAGGAAGUUUGUGAAUAUAUGUAUGUAUAGAUACGCUUUACUGCCUUGUAAUUUUCAAGCCACAGUCAUUUUCCCUGCUUGUUCUGUAGCUUAUGGAAUGCUUCGCUAAAUAUCUAUGCAUUCGUGGUGCCUUUACCACCCCAUUA